AUGGCCAUGGUUAUUGAACGUAACGCAACUGAAUCAAUUGAUGAUCUUGUUCGUGAAGCCGAUUCAUUAAAGUCUCGGCUCGAAGAAGAGCGAGCGAAAUUUAAUGAUAUGGAAUUAACGACCAUUGCUGAAAAACUUGAUGCUCUACCGCCGUUUGCGACCAAAUCACGACGAAUUUUAAAAGGUCAUCAAGGCAAAGUUUUAGCAUUAGAUUGGUCCAAUGACAAACGACACAUGGUUAGUACAUCUCAAGACGGCAAAUUGAUUGUCUGGGACGCAUUCACAACGAAUAAAGAACAUGCCAUUACGAUGCCAACGACAUGGGUAUUAGCUUGUGCCUAUUCUCCUUCAGCAACUACGGUUGCUUGCGGAGGACUGGAUAAUAAAUUAACAUUGUAUCCACUAUCGGCUGAUGAUGACUCCAAUAAACACAAGAAGGUGGUGGCAACACAUGCGAACUACAUAUCAUCAUGCAAAUUCAUGCAUUCAGAUCAGCAGCUUUUAACAGCAAGUGGCGAUAGCACAGCGAAAUUAUGGGAUAUUGAAAGUAGCGUCGCCAUUCAAACAUUCCAAGGCCACCAAGCUGAUGUCAUGGGUAUUGAUAUAUCGCCAUCUGAGGCCGGAAAUAUUUUCGUAUCAGGAAGCUCUGAUCAUAUAGCAAUGGUCUGGGAUAUUCGAACUGGUGCCUAUGUUCAGACAUUCGAAGGUCAUGAAUCAGACGUGAAUGCCGUUCGAUUCUAUCCCAGUGGCGACGCAUUUGUUUCAGCAUCAGAUGAUGCCACCUGUCGUUUAUUCGAUUUACGAGCUGAUCGACAAGUAGCUAUAUUUAAAAAAGAAUCAAUUAUUUUCUCGUGCAAUGCGGUCGAUUUUUCGUUGAGUGGACGACUUCUCUUUGGCGGUUACAGUGAUUACUGCGUUAACGUUUGGGAUACGUUGAAAGGAUCACGAGUAGCAACAUUAUAUGGACAUGAAAAUCGUGUGAGUUCAUUGAAAGUGUCGCCGGAUGGUACCGCACUUGGGACUGGCUCUUGGGAUUGUGUGGGCUUAAUUGUGAAUGCGAUCUGCGUAUUUUCAGUUUCAUCGUCAACUGACAAUGAACAGUACUCAUCUACGGAUUAG